AUGCCAGAUCACGACGACGGGACCCCCCGGAUAGCCAUUCAGCUUGGGAAAUCAUCAACCUCCUCGCCACACGCAAUUAAGAAACGCGCCCGUCCGGCACACGGGAAACGGCACCGAGCUCACGCGCUGCACGAGAAUUCCGAAUCCGAAGACAACAGCGACCAUGAACAGCAAACCUACGGUCGCCAGGAAACAAUCACAUCCUACAACCUCCCCGGCACAAGUUUAGACGAUGGGUCACCAAAACGUAACGGGUCCUCGAGACACGACGCAUCGGCGGAGAAGGGCCAGGAGGAGGACUCUACAGCAAACCAACUAGAAGACGGAACUCCAAAGGCUCGCCGGAAUGAUGUCGGAGCAGAUGACUCGGAGUCUCGAGACAAACCAGCCAAGUGGGGCCUGACUAUCAACAUGAAGGGGACCAGGGACAGCAAAAAUGCAGCGAGGGGGAAAGCGAAGGCACAGACCGAAGCUCUUAGCUCCGACGACGAUCGGGAAAGGCGGAAAAAUGCUCCGAAGACCAUUGACGACGAAGCGCUCGAUGCUCUCAUGGGUUCUCGGGCACCCAAGCGCAAACACCUCGACUCCGACGCUGCUGACCGAGAACCACGAGCCGAAGAUUAUCGAUCAGUUCCCAUUGAUGACUUUGGCGCCCACCUUCUCCGAAACUUUGGCUGGGAUGGGAAAAUGAAGGGCAAGGUCAAGGAAGUAACAAGGCACGCCAACCUAACGGGACUAGGUGCCAAGGAUGCGAAAGGCGCCGAGGAUCUGGGCUCCUGGAAUCAAAAGACUACUAAGGACUCCCGCCCCGUGCGGCUCGAUGACUACCGGAGAGAGGAAAGCAAGAAGCGGCAGCGGACCGAUGACCGGUACGCAGACAGCUACAAGCGAGAGAGGGAGAGGGAGAGGGAACGAGAGCGGGAACGGGGGAGAGACAGGUAG